CUUCAACCAUCUCUUCUCAACUCUCCCUCUACAAUUCGCCAAAUACACGGAAAAAAAAAAAGUAAAGCUUUGUAACAAUGGCGGCCAGCAGAGAGCCCUUCAACGUGUUGCCGCACUCAGCAGCGCCGGCGGCUAACCUACAGCAACAACAGCACUCCCCUUGGCAUUCCCCUGUCCCCUACUUGUUCGGGGGUUUGGCUGCGAUGUUAGGACUCAUUGCUUUUGCGCUUCUUAUCCUUGCUUGCUCAUACUGGAAGCUUUCCGGCUACCUCGACAGUGGUGACGCUAACAACCGGGAGCCUGACCUGGAGGCCGGCGACGACACCCGGAAACCCUCCCCUGUUUUUGAAGAGAAACUCUUGGUUAUUAUGGCCGGUGAAAUCAAGCCCACAUAUUUAGCUACUCCCAUGUCAAGCAGGUCCUCUUCUUUUGGGGAUGCGAAAAGCAAUAGUAGUAGCAGCGCUACGGCCACCGGCGAAAAGGAUGAAAAAUCAGUGGCCGUAACGGAGACGGUGAAACAGAGCAGUGGAGAAGAGGAGGUGCAGAGUACAGAAAACAGAGAAACUCCUGAAUCUUCAGAUCAGACGACCCAUUAACAAUUUUUUAAAAAAUUUUAAAAUUUGGGUUUGGUUUUGUUUUGUUUUUGCUGGGCACUCAUAUGGGUGUCUUGUUCCGCCAUUAAUAUUUAUAUUGAGAGAGAAAGAGAGAGAAAGUGGACAGCUAGCUCUUAAGUUGCAGAUAUUGGUUUAGGGGUUUUCCCCAUCAGAAAGCCCGAAAUCAAAUACUACCGAGUUUUUUUCCCUCUCGGAAUGAAUCUUCCCCCUGUUUCAAAA